AGUCGCCAUCGUAAAGUUCGGAAACUAGCAGAGGCAUUCCGAGAAACCACAGAGUCACAUGGAAAAUGUUAUCUUUACUUGGAUUGGCUGUCACGAGCAGGCUCUAAUGUGUGGAACUUGUUGCAGAAUUUUAAUCACAGAAGCAUAGUUUUUAAUGCCACAAUAUGUCAAGAUGGAUUCUGUAUGAGCCAGAAUUUUAUGAGGAGAUAGUGCCAUUCGGAAGCGAGUUGGAGGAUGAGGAUGAAGAAGACGAGGUUCUUACAUGCACAUGCUAUGGGCGAGGCAAAAUCUUGAAGGAGGUGGAAGUUCCACGUAUACCGGAGCUGCAUUUUAAAAUUGAGAAGCAGAGAUAUGUGGAGAAGAUUAGACCAUUGGUGGAUCCGAAAUCAAGGAGACUAGGAAGAGGAAGGGCCAGAGUUAGACAAAACAUUUGUGACAAGGAUUUGAUCCAUGUUGGACAGUCUAAGAUUUCUCUGGUGUGUUAUUCAAGUACCUUGCAGGAAGGUUACUUAAAGGAGACAACUGUUCAUGAAGCCGCUAGCAGCGAAACUAACAACGUCAAUGUGUUCCAAAACAUUCAUAAAGAGGGCAAAGACUCAACUCAGGAAAGCAGCCAGAAACUCAACAAGAUGAAAUUGGAGAGGAAGAAGCCUAAAGUUAUAAUGAACUGUGUGGUCAGUUAUGAUUCUGAAGGAAACCCAAUUUUCAGUGCAGAUGAUAAAGUUUGGGCACACUCAGACAUGGUAGGGAAUGGUGAGGAGAAAGACAGAGAUAAAGAAGAGGUGUUGUCAGACUCAAACUUGGGAAAGAAUGGUGAGGACAAACUAAGUGGUAAAGAAGAGGUGUUUCCAGACUCGAACACGGGAAAGAAUGGUGAGGACAAACUAAGUGGUAAAGAAGAGGUGUUGUCAGACUCAAACACGGGAAAGAAUGAUGAGGACAAACUUAGUGGUAAAGAAGAGGUGUUUCCAGACUCGAACACGGGAAAGAAUGAUGAGGAUGAACACAGUGAUAGAGAAGUGUUGUCAGACUCGAACACAGGAAAGAAUGGUGAGGAUGAACACAGACAUAUAGAAGUAAUUUUUUCAAACUCAGACAUGGGAAAGAAUGAUGACCUCAAACACAAAGAGAGAGAAGAGAUGUUUUCAGACUCGAGCAUUGGAAAGCAUGGUGAGGACAAACUUACUGGUAGAGAAGAGGUGUUUUCAGACUUAAACAUGGAAAGGAACGUUGAGGACAAACUUAGUGAUAGAGAAGAGGUGUUGUCAGACUCAAACAUGGGAAAGAAUGGUGAGGACAACCUUAAUGAUGGAGAAGAGAUAUUUUCAGACUCAAACAUGGGAAAGAAUGGUGAGGACAAACUUAGUGGUAGAGAAGUGUUUCCAGACUCAAACAUGGGAAAGAAUGGUGAGGACAACCUUAAUGAUGGAGAAGAGAUGUUUUCAGACUCAAACAUGGGAAAGAAUGAUGAGGUUAAACACAGAUAUAUAGAAGUAAUGUUUUCAAACUCAGACAUGGGAAAGAAUGAUGACAUCAAGCACAAAGAUAGAGAAGAGGUGUCUUCAGACUCGAACAUUGGAAAGGAUUGUGAGGAGAAACACAGAGAUAGAGAGAUGUUUUCAGACUCAAACAUGGGAAAAACAGUCGAGGACAAACUUAGUGAUAGAGAAGAGGUGUUUUCAGACUCAAGCAUGGGAAAGAAUGAUGACAUCAAGAACAAAGAUAGAGAAGAGUUGUUUUCAGACUCAAACAUGGGAAAGAAUGGUGAGGACAAACUUAAUGAUAGAGAAGAGAUGUUUUCAGACUCGAACAUGGGAAAGGAUUGUGAGGAGAAACAAAGAGAUAGAGAGAUGUUUUCAGACUCAAACAUGGAAAUGAAUGGUGAGGACAAACUUAGUGGUAGAGAAGAGGUGUUUUCAGACUCAAUCAAGGGAAAAAAUGGUGAGGACAAACUAAAUGGUAAAGAAGAGGUGUUUCCAGACUCGAACACGGGAAAGAAUGAUGAGGACAAACUUAGUGGUAGAGAAGAGGUGUUUCCAGACUCGAAUACGGGAAAGAAUGGUGAGGAUGAACACAGACAUAUAGAAGUAAUUUUUUCAAACUCAGACAUGGGAAAGAAUGAUGACAUCAAGCACAAAGAAAGAGAAGAGAUGUUUUCAGACUCGAGCAUUGGAAAGUAUGGUGAGGACAAACUCAGUGAUAGAGAAGAGAUGUUUUCAGACUCAAACACGGGAAAGAAUGGUGAGGACAAACUUAGUGGUAGAGAAGUGUUUUCAGACUCAAACAUGGGAAAGAAUGAUGAGGUUAAACACAGAUAUAUAGAAGUAAUGUUUUCAAACUCAGACAUGGGAAAGAAUGAUGACAUCAAGCACAAAGAUAGAGAAGAGGUGUUUUCAGACUCAAUUAUGGGAAAGAAUGGUGAGGAAAAACGUAGAGAUAGAGAAGAGGUGUUUUCAGACUCGAACUUUGGAAAAGAUUGUGAGGAGAAACACAGAGAUAGAGAGAUGUUUUCAGACUCAAACAUGGGAAAAACAGUCGAGGACAAACUUAGUGAUAGAGAAGAGGUGUUUUCAGACUCAAUCAUGGGAAAGAAUGGUGAGGACAAACUUAGUGGUAGAGAAGAGGUGUUUUCAGACUCAAUCAUGGGAAAGAAUGAUGAGGACAAACUUAGUGUUAGAGAAGAGAUGUUUUCAGACUCAGAGAUGGGAAAGAAUGAUAACAUCAAGCACAAAGUUAGAGAAGAGGUGUUUUCAGACUUAAACAUGGGAAAGAAUGGCGAGGACAAACUUAGUGGUAAAGAAGAGUUGUUUUCAGACUCAAUCAUGGGAAAGAAUGGUGAGGACAAACUUAAUGAUAAAGAAGAGUUGUUUUCAGACUCGAACACGGGAAAUAAUAAUGAGGAGAAACACAGAGAUAGAGAGAUGUUUUUGGACUCAAACAUGGGAAAGACAGUUGAGGACAAUCUUAGUAAUAGAGAAGAGGUGUUCUCAGACUUAAACACGGGAAAGAAUGGUGAAAAUAAACACAAAGAUAGAGAAGAGAUGUUUUCAGACUCAAACAUGGGGAAGAAUAGGGAGGACAAACUUAAUGAUAGAGAAGAGGUGUUUUCAGACUCGAAAACGGGAAAUAAUGGUGAGGACAAACUUAGUGGUAGAGAAGAUGUGUUUUCAGACUCAAUCAUGGGAAAGAAUGGUGAGAACAAACUUAGUGAUAGAGAAGAGGUGUUUUUAGACCUGAACAUGGGAAAGGAUAGUGAGGAGAAACACAGAGAUAGAGAGAUGUUUGCAGACUCAAACAUGGGAAAGACAGUUGAGGACAAACUUAGUAAUAGAGAAGAAGUCUUUUCAGACUUAAACAAGGGAAAGAAUGGUGAAAAUAAACAGAAAGAUAAAGAAGAGAUGUUUUCUGACUCAAACAUGGGAACAAAUGUUGAGGACAAAGUUAGUGAUAGAGAAGAGGUGUUUUCAGACUCCAUGAUGGAAAAGAAUACUGAGGACAAAGUUAGUAAUAGAGAAGAGGUGUUUUCAGACUCGAACAUUGGAAAGACAGUUGAGGACAAUCUUAGUAAUAGAGAAGAGGUGUUCUCAGACUUAAACACGGGAAAGAAUGGUGAAAUUAAAUACAAAGAUAGAGAAGAGAUGUUUUCAGACUCAAACAUGGGGAAGAAUAGGGAGGACAAACUUAAUGAUAGAGAAGAUGUGUUUUCAGACUCGAACAUGGGAAAGAAUGGUGAGGACAAACUUAGUGAUAGAGUAGAGCUGUUUUCAGACUCAAACAUGGAAAAGAAUGGUGAGGACAAACUUAGUGAUAGAGAAGAGGUGUUUUCAGACUCAAACACGGGAAAUAAUGGUGAGGACAAACUUAAUGAUAGAGAAGAGGUGUUUUCAGACUUAAUUGUGGUAAGAAAUGGUGAGGACAAACUUAGUGGUAAAGAAGAGGGGUUUUCAGACUCAAAUAUGGAAAAUAAUAGUGAGGAGAAACUUAGUGAUAGAGAAGAGGUGUUUUCAGACUCAAACAUGGGGGAAAAUGUUGAGUACAAACAUAGUGGUAAUGAAGAGGAGUUUUCAGACCCAAAUGUGGGAAAUAAUGGUGAGGAUAAGCACAAAUAUAGAGAAGAGGUGUUUUCAGACUCAAACAUGGGAAAAAUUGUUGAGGACAAAUUUAGUGACAGAGAAGAGAUGUUUUCAAACUCAGACAUUGGUAAGAAUGGUGAGGACAAACUUAGUGGUAAUGAAGAGGUGUUUUCAGACUCCAACAUGGGAAAGAAUAGUGAGAACAAACUUAUUGAUAGAGAAGAGCUGUUUUCAAACUCAAACAUGGAAAAGGAUGGUGAGGAAAAACUUAGUGAUAGAGAAGAGGUGUUUUCAGACUCAAACAUGGGAAAAAUUGUUGAGGACAAAUUUAGUGACAGAGCAGAGAUGUUUUCAAAUUCAGACAUUGGUAAGAAUGGUGAGGACAAACUUAGUGGUAAUGAAGAGGUGUUUUCAGACUCCAACAUGGGAAAGAAUGGUGAGGACAAACUUAGUGGUAAUGAAGAGGAGUUUUCAGACUCAAACAUGGAAAAGAAUGGUGAGGACCAACUUAGUGGUAGAGAAGAGAUGUUUUCAGACUCAAAUAUGGAAAAGAAUGGUGAGGACCAACUUUGUGGUAGAGAAGAGGUGUUUUCAGACUCAAACAUUGGAGAGAAUGGUGAGGACAACCUUAGAGAUAGAGAAGAGGUGUUUUCAGAUUCGAACAUGGGAAAGAAUGGUGAGGACAAACUUAGUAACAGAGAAGAGGUGUUUUCAGACUCAAACAUGAAAAAAAAUGGUAUUAGAAAAAAAAUGCUUUCAGACUUGACCAUGGGAAAGAAAGGCGAGGACAAACGCAGAGCCAGAAGAGUCACAUUUUCAAUAGCAGUCACAGUUAUAAACGAGAAACAAGAUGAAAGUGCCACUGGAGAUUUGUUGAACAGUGAAAUCGAUCAAGAAGAGGCUGAAGAACGAAAGGAAUGUAGAAGUGAAAAAAUCCCAACUAGCAACAAUGUUAAAAAAAAAAUUUAUUUUGAAAACAUUAGUUUAAGAGAUGCAAAAUUUGAGAUUGAUGUUGAAGACUUGAAUCGGAAGUUGACAUUGAAUCACGAAAACACCUCCACAGCAUUACAGAGAUAUAAUCACCCAAAUGUCAAGCCUCCCUACACCUUGAAGAAAGAAAACGAGGAAGAAGCAAAUCAGAGACUGUUAGAAUCUUCAAAGAAGCCUUUAGGGCACUGUCCAGAGUGUCGCUGCCAUGAAAAAGUGUCCACUCAAGAAUCAACUCUUGCACUAGCACUGAGGUCUUCUGUCAAUUCUGUGAAUAGCAUCACCUCUCAGCCUUUCACUCCGCAAACAGUUACAAUUUCAUUGCCUUGCGUGGAAUAUUUUAUUGGCAUGCCCCUAUACACUCAUCCGCGUCCCCACUACAGUCUUCCCUAUUACCAACAAUAUCAAACAAUGCACCAUGUUCCUCCCUCAUUGAAUUUCUUGACACAUGUUACUCCCUCAUUAAAUUACCAAACAAACAAUGUUCCUCCCUUAUCAAAUACCUGGCCAAGAGAUGUUCCUCCACCAACAACUUCCAGGGCAAGCAAUGUUACUUCCUCAACGAAUACCUGGCCACGAGAUGUUCCUCCACCAACAACUUCCAGGGCAAGCAAUGUUACUUCCUCAACAAAUACCUGGCCACGAGAUGUUCCGCCACCAACAACUUCCAGGGCAAGCAAUGUUACUUCCUCAACGAAUACCUGGCCACGAGAUGUUCCUCCACCAACAACUUCCAGGGCAAGCAAUGUUACUUCCUCAACGAAUACCUGGCCACGAGAUGUUCCUCCACCAACAACUUCCAGGGCAAGCAAUGUUACUUCUUCAUGGAAUACCUGGCCACAGGAUGUUCCUCCACCAACAACUUCCUGGGCAAGCAAUGUUACUUCCUCAUGGAAUACCUGGCCACAGGAUGUUCCGCCACCAACAACUUCCUGGGCAAGCAAUGUUACUUCCUCAUGGAAUACCUGGCCAAAGGAUGUUCCGCCACCAACAACUUCCUGGGCAGGCAAUGUUACUUCCUCAUGGAAUACCUGGCCACAGGAUGUUCCGCCACCGACAACUUCCUGGGCAAGCAAUGUUACUUCCUCAUGGAAUACCUGGCCACAGGAUGUUCCUCCACCAACAACUUCCUGGGCAAGCAAUGUUACUUCCUCAACGAAUACCUGGCCACGGGAUGUUCCUCCACCGACAACUUCCUGGACACAAGAUGUUCCUGCCUCAACGAAUUCUUGGACACGCAAUCACUCUUCAAAUUCCUGGACACACAUUGUUCCUCCCUCAGCGAAUUUUUGGACACACAAUGUUCCUCCCUCAGCGAAUUUCUGGACACCCACCCAUACAACAACUACUUUAUCAUAUGUUUAUUCCUUAAACGCACCAUCAUACCACACGUCACAAGCCCUUUCUACAAUAGGAGUGCCAACAUCCCAUGUUUCGACACACCCCUUUUCAGGGAUGGGUUCCCUUGCUUCAUCUUCGCAAUUUGGACAACUUCCUUUUUCAUCUUUGAACUGGACCCCAACAAUAGGAUAUCCAGGAAACUUAGCACAUUGUCUGCCCCCAUGGCAACAAUCCUCACAUCCGUCUCCCAAUUAUACCGUCAGAAUGCCACCCUCACAAUGUCCAUACUUUGUCCCCACUGCUUUUAAUCAUAUAAAUGCAAGAAAUCCUUACCCGUUUCAAACAGUGCAGAUGCAUGGGAAUGAGAUCUAUUCCAACACACCAGGAGACACUGGACAAAGUUUUCCUGCUUCACUACCAGUUUUACCUGCACAAAGUAAUCUGCCUACAACAUCUGUACCUAACCUGGUAACCAGUGUGAGACCAGAAACUACUAAUUGAAGCAUACCAAAAGUAAAACAGAUGCACAAACUUAAAAGGCGCGUGAAACCAAAAGACCAUGAAAAACAAGUAGGCCUAACACAUGAUGCGGAAGAGACUCAAAGCUAAGUAAAAGAGACUAUUGGAGAAAA